CACUCAAACAUGGCGGCGAGAGAUUUGCAGAGUUUUGAUAAACAUUCACUUUUAAACAAAUAAAUGCACCAAAGUUUCCAUAUUAUAUGAUGUUUAGCACACGUUUUCAGAGACGUGCAAAACUGUAAACGAUCUUCUAUACUGAUAAUCAUAAUCCUGUAGAAACUUCUGGCAUUGUUGUUUUGUUUAUUUCUACAUUAUUCGAGCAUCUGAUUCAUGUUUAUAAAUGUCACCAGUAUUCUCAUCAUCCUAAACGAAGACUUGUUUCAACAGGAACAGGAAUAACUUCAGGUGUUUCAACUGAGAUCUGCGGGAUAAAACAUUGUAAAAUGAUGUUUAUUAAAGAAGAGAGUGAGGACAUGAGUUAUCCAGAAUCAUGCAGUUCAAAUGUCAUGAAAAAUGAAGAUACCGAGGAACAAAGAGACCUGAUGGAUGUGAAAGAGGAAAGUCAAGAACUGAAUGAAGUGAAGGAGAAACACCAUCGGGAUAAGACACUUCGUAGUUUCAUAACUGAACAAAACUCUUUUAGUGGCUCACAGACUGAAAAGUAUUUCUCACAAAAAAGAACUAAAAGAAUAAGAGCCAAAAAUUAUUUCAACUGCCCUCAGUGUGGAAAGAGUUUUGGACAUAAAGGAUAUCUUAAGCGUCACAUUCAAGUUCACACUGGAGAGAAGCCUUUCAGAUGCCAUCAGUGUGGGAAUACUUUUACACGUAAAGGAAGUCUUACUAAGCACAUGAGAAUUCACACUGGCGAGAAGCCUUUCAAAUGUCAUCAGUGUGGGAAGAGUUUCAGACAGGCAUGUGGUCUCAAAAUUCAUUUGUUCUUGCACUCCGGAGAAAAGUUAUAUAGCUGUGAUCAGUGCGGCAAAACAUUUUCUUUAGCAUCAGUCUUAAGAAAACACCAGAAAAUUCAUCUAAAUGAGAAGCCUUACAAGUGUUCACUUUGUGGAAAGAGUUUUUCAGAGCUGCACAAUUUAAAAGAGCACCAGAAAAAACACAGAGGUGUGAGAGAUCAUGUGUGCUCUGAGUGUGGGAAGGCCUUUCACAGAGCUUACAACUUGGAACUUCACCAAAGAAUCCAUACUGGAGAAAAACCUUAUAAGUGUUCACAUUGUGGAAAGAGUUUCUCUGUUUCAGGAAAUCUGAAAGCACAUGAGCGAGUGCAUACUCGAGAGAAGCCAUACCAGUGCACUUCAUGUGGGAAGAGUUUUGUCCGAUCAAGCACUCUAAAGACUCAUAGAAAAAAUAAUUGCCUAGGGUUGUCACAUUGAGCAAAGUUCAUAUUUUUUUGCCAUGCAAAUGGGAUAAAAAAAAAUGUUUUUUCAAAAGAGCAAUUACAAUUAAGUGGAUGAAUUGCUACAUUACCUACAGAGCUAAUUGAGCUGUCGUUUUAUGUAACAGGUAGAAGAACAUUUGAAGAAACUAAAUGGAAUUCUCGAUUCCUUUCCUUGCUUGCAUUUGUUGCAUCCUAGCUCCUUCCUCUUAGGAUGCGAGGUUGCAAGGAAAGGAAAAGAGGACAAGAUGCAUUUGUGAAAUGGAAUGCCCUUGUUCACUCAAGCAUCAUUUAAGAGCCCAUCUUUGCAAAGUUGCUUUACCUUGGCAGGGCUCCAGACUAAAAAACAUUUACUGCAGCACCACUGGCUCCUAAACAGAAACAUUUAGUAACCAAAUAGAUUCUAGUUGUCAAAUUACAAAAUUGCUCAAUUUAGAUUUAGCCAAAGAAAUUAAAGGCAACUGAUAAUGAUAUAUACAGUAUUUACAUUGUAAAAUAUAUAUAUAUAUAUAUAUAUAUAUAUAUAUAUAUAUAUAUAUAUAUUUGUAAAGAGAAAAUACUGUAUAAUUUAACAUUCAUUUCACAUUUUAAUGUAAUGAAUGAAUUUACACUACAGUACAUUUUUUUCAGCAAAUAAUGCUAAUUGAAAUAAAAAUAUUUUACUAUUUUUACUUAUUAACCCUUGUGCUUUGUUCCUCAUUGGCUACCACUCCUUGUGUUCCUGGGUCAAAAUGAGCGACCCAUUUAAAUGGUAUAUGAAUCUCACAUAAUCCAUAUAUUAUCAUUAAAUUGUCAAGUCAGGUCAUUUUUAUUUGAAUAGUGCUAUUCACAACACACAUUAUUUCAAAGCAGCUUUACAGAAAAUCAUGCAUUAACAGAAAAUGAAAUGGGGUCCAUCCUAAAUCCAAGGUUCAGGCAUUGGCAUAUGAAGUAUCCAACGUUUUACAGUUGGAGUUGGCAUCAGUUGGCACUGGCUGUAGUUUGUCAUCACUCAUCGACACGUAGCAGUGGAGUUCGACACCAAGCAGGAACGGAGCUGGAUCUGGCCGGCUCUGGGAUGUGAAUCCCGAGGUUGAGACAUGGAAAGAAACAGAAUAAUAUUAGCAUAGAUGCCAUUACAUUUUUUGCAGCAUUAUAGAUCACGAUAGAUGUUUCUGGUUAAGGCAGACCUAACUAAAGCAGCCUAAUUGUGAGUUGAUGGAUAAAUUAGGUGUAUGCCUGGCUAAAUAGAUGAGUCUUUAGUCUAUACUUAAACUGUGUGAGUGUGUUUGUGUCCUUAACAGUGUGAGGAGUUAAUAAUAUUAAGGAGAGGUUCUGAGAUUACAGGGAACACCUCUUUUAAGAGCUUAGUUGGUAUUGGAUCUAGCAUACUGUACAUGUUGUGGCUUUUGUUGUUUGUGACAAAUUAUGAAACACUAUUCAUAAUUUUCCUCACAAACAACUUCAAUCCUAUAUUGCAUAAGCCUUCUCACGUUCUGUCUGUCA